AUGGUAUCUGAAACCGGACGGACCAUUUCAUCGGAAAGAGAACCACUUUUAGAUCGGCAAGGAACCACUUUCGAUAGCGAGCAUUUGGUACAAGAUAGGCUACUAGAAGGUCCCUUGAAUGAGGAUGAUGACUGUACGCACUACCUAGCAGAUUCCAAGUCUGAUCUCUUAGUUUGCUUUGUAGGGAAAGAUGCAGCCAAUCCUGAAGAAGUGCCGGAGUCCCGAAGACGCCUCGGUGUCGUCAGCGCCAUAUUCCUCAUAUUCAAUCGCAUAAUUGGUACUGGGAUAUUCUCGACACCAAGUAUCAUCCUGAGGUCCGCCGGAAGCGUCGGGGUGACCAUGCUAAUGUGGAUGAUCGGCGCCGCUAUCGCUGCAGCAGGCGCAGCGGUAUACGUGGAACUCGGUACUGGACUACCGCGGAGCGGAGGCGAGAAAACGUACAUGGAGUACCUCUACAGGCGUCCUAGGUACCUGGUUUCGUGCAUGUAUGCGUCAUAUGCUCUGUUCAUAGGCUGGACGUCCGCCAACAGUACCGCAUUCGGUCAAUAUGUCCUUCAUGCGCUAGGUAUUGCUCCGGGCACCUGGAAUGUCAGAUUGGUCGGAAUUUCUUGCACAAUGUUCUGCCUCGCAAUGCAUGGUAUGUUUAUGAAAUGGGGCAUCCGCAUGCAAGAUUGGGUAGGCAUCUUCAAAGUAUUUGUUCUGCUUGCAAUAAUCCUCUCUGGCGUGUUCCACCUCCUCGGCGUGCCCGGUUUCGGGCUCGAAGAUGGAGUCGAAGCGCCUCACAAUCUGGAAUGGAACACGAUGUGGGAAGACACUACAAAAGACGUCAAUUCGCUUGUUACUGGGAUGUUCAACGUUGCUUGGGCGUACAUCGGUUACCACAACGCGAACUACGUUCUUUCGGAGGUAAAGAAUCCCAUCAGGACAAUCAAGAUCGCAGCACCCGUGGCCGUCUUAUUUGUGGCUAUGGUAUAUCUGUCGGUGAACAUAGCGUAUUUCGCUGUCGUUUCCAAGGAUGACAUCUUGGGUAGCCGGCAAAUUGUUGCUGCUCUCUUCUUUCGUAAUUUAUUUGGUGCACGAAUAGAGAAGACCCUCAGCAUCAUCAUCGCACUGUCCACCCUCGGGAACAUAUCCGUCACGCUCUUUGCAUACGGACGAGUUAUCCAGGAGCUUGGUCGGGAAGCUAUCCUUCCUUGGUCACCGUUUUUUGCGAGCAACAAACCCUUUGGGACGCCGCUUGCCGGCCUCACCACAACGGCACUGGUUUCGAGUGCGAUCAUGAUCGCCGCUCCGCCUGGCGAUGCGUAUCUACUCAUGCUGAGCAUGUCUGCCUAUCCGUUGGCGAUCUUCAAUACUCUGGUAUCCGCGGGUCUUAUGCUAUUGUCCACGCGGUGGUACAGAUCCUACAAUUGGAGACCACCGUUCCGUGCCUACAAGCCUGUAGUGGUGUGGUUUUUCUUCGCGAAUCUCUUUUUGAUCACAGCUCCUUUCGUGCCUCCCGCCCCCGGCUUCAAGCAGUACGAGCAUCUGCCGUAUUGGUCUCAUGCCGUUGUGGCCGUGUCGAUAUCCUUGAUCGGUAUAUGCUAUUGGCUCGUGCGUUUCAACUGGUUGCCACGGAAAGGAGGGUAUAUGCUGCGCAGGCAGUGGAUCAAGACCGAAGAUGGCUCGUCAAGAGCGACAUUCCGAAAAGUGCCAGUGGAGGUUCGAAUAGAUGCCUAG